AUGGAGGCUGCGCAGCAGUACGUGCCACUCAUGGCAUAUUUCUUGUGCCAUAAACUAUCCGUUCCCCUCUACCAGCUUCAAGUGGCUGCGAUUGAGGAGCUCCUAAAGACCGAACUACAAUACACGAGGUUCAUUGCCAGUACCUUCAUGGACUACUUUGGACCCCGCAAGGCACCAAGUCAGUUGACGGUAUUGCCUCUGUUCAUAGACCAUGAGAGCCGAGAGGCCACCAUAUCCGGGGGUAGAAAUACACCGGUGGCCCUUACACAUAGCACCGACGUCGGCAAGUUCAUUGCGGCGGCCCUCGAUUUUCCAACUGGCGCGAGAAAUCACAUAUCAUAG